UAUCUGAGGUGGGUUUUUUUAAGAGAAGCAUGGGGAGUUGCUAGAGGGAAAAUGGAUUCUUUAUUUCACGUCCUGGUUUCUACCUGUCUUGCCUUGACAUUCUCAGAAGGGUUUCUGAUUAUCCAUGUCCAGAAACAGCAGUGUCUUUCAGAAAAGAGAGGAGUCAUUAUGGAAAAGUGCAAUAUGACCAGCCUGAACCAGAAGUGGCAGUGGAUGGCAGAUGACAGGCUCCUCCACGUGAAGUCUGCCCAGUGCCUGAGCAUCUCUACGCGCUCUGCUCUGUCGUCUCGAAGCAUCAUCGUCGAUUGCCCCCAGGCAGUCAGGUGGAAUUGCCACGAGGAUGGGCUCCUGAAGGUGGCCAACAGCUCUCUUUUUCUCACAAAACAAGGUCAGAAGGUAAUGGCCAAGCGGAGUAAAAAAUACCUUCAUACAUGGAUGCAGCUAAAAACCAGUGAGACGGGAAAACCUAUUUAUGUAAAUCUGUGCUCAAAGCAAGAUCUACAAGAUGCAGACACUUCUGUGUGGACUACUAGAACUACAUCCCCCUCUUCAAAUGCUGUUACUUCUAGGCCUGAAAAUGUGUUGAAGAGCAGCACAGAGAUGUUCAUCAGCAAAGUGACUGAACACUUCAGUAAAAAUCCCAUUGAAAACCUCUAUUUCGACUUGAAAUCUGCAGUAACAGAGAAAGCCUGGAUUCCAACGACUCUUCCAUACUCUAGCACUACAGAAGAGGCCGCGCCGGGGCAGGCGGCGGGAUGCAGCGCCAACCUGACGGAGCGGAGCGUCGCCGGGCAGAGCGUUCGGCUGCGCUGGGGCGCCGCGGGCCGCGCCUGCAACUUCAGCCUGAGCGGGCGCUCCGAGGACGGGGAGGCGGCCGGCUGCCAGCCUUCCCCCCAGGGGAACGGCACCUACGGCUGCACCCUGCGGGGCCUGGAGGCCGGCACCUGGUACCACCUGCGCAUCGAGCCGCUCGCCGGCGGGGAGCCUCUCAACAUCUCCGUGCAGACAGAUCCCUUGCCACCAUCUCGUUUGGAAAUUAAUAAGGAGAAAACUACACUCACAAGCUUGCAGGUUCAAUGGGAUCCUUCAUCAGGAAAGGUGGACAUGUAUAACCUAGUAUUAUUUGAUCAUAAUAAUAAAAAGAUACAAGAAGUCUCUGUACAAGGAAGGAUUUCAAAACCAGAAAAUACAUUUUCCAGUCUCAUUCCUGGGAAUAAAUACAACAUUGUCCUCAGUGCAGUUGCUGGAAAUAAGACUACCCCUGAACUUCACAUAAGUGGAUCUACUGUUCCAUCUCCUGUGAAAAAUAUUCAGGUCAGCAUCAAGACAGACACUAUCCAUGUUUCGUGGUCUCCUGGCUCUGGGCAUGUGGAUCGUUACAGGCUGCUGUUACUGGAUAAUCAUGUACCAGUUCAUGAGAUUCACCAGGAAGGUUCUCUGACCACCUACACUUUUUCAGGACUUACAGCAGGCCACCUGUAUAACCUCUCUAUCAUAACUCAGGCUUCAGGAUUGGAGAGCAGCAGUUUUCAAACAGUCAGGACAGCCCCAGCCGAAGUCUUAGAUUUGAUGGUGACUAAUGAUGGCAGCUUAGAUGCUUUAAAAGUUAAGUGGAGAAGACCUUUGGGAAACCUCAAUUUCUAUAAUAUCACUUUGUCUCAUCUUGGAUCAGUUAAAGAAGUCAAAACUGUGCAGCCACCAGUCAUGGAGGCUCAGUUUGACAAGCUAACUCCAGGACGUCUUUAUCAGGUUACUGCCCGCACAAUCAGUGGUGAGCUGUUCACUGAUCGGACAGCAACUGGCAGGACAUUUCCACAGAAAGUUUCGGAGCUGCAGGCAGGUGCUAGUGGCUGGCCACGGUCUCUGCGAGUGACCUGGGUGCCCCCCGCAGGAGACUGGGAGAGAUACCACCUGCUCCUGUGGAACCGCUCAGCCCUGGUGCUCAACACCACCCUCGAGAAGGACACCACCGAGUACCUCAUCCAUGAUGUGGGCCUCAUCCCAGGGAAGGAGUAUGGCGUGGAAGUCAUUGUGGAGAGUGGCAAUUUGCAGAGCAAGACAAGUUGCAUGGGGAGAACAGCUCCAGAGCCUGUUCUCCAGCUCCGUGUGAAGCAUGCUAAUGAAUCUUCACUUAGCGUCAUGUGGAUGACCCCUGUUGCAGAAUGGGACAGCUAUGUGGUUUCCCUGGGAGACAAUGAUCUUACUAUUGUAAAAAAAGGACUUGCAAAAGAAGCUAAGGAGUUCACUUUCACUGACUUGGUACCUGGAAGGAAAUAUACAGCUACCAUCACUACCAUUAGUGGGACUUUAAGCAACUGGACUUCAGUGGAAGGAAGAACAGUGCCAGCCCAAGUGACGGGUCUGACUGUGGCAAGUCAGGGAUCAACCAACAGCUUGUUCACCAACUGGACAAGAGCACUGGGAGAUGUAGACUCAUACCAAGUGCUACUGAUUCACGAGAAUGUUGUCAUUAAAAAUGAAACUGUUCCCAGUGAAACCAACAGAUACCACUUCUAUCCUCUGAAACCUGGAGGUCUUUAUUCAGUUGUUGUCACCACUGUCAGUGGAGGGAUAUCUUCAAGGCAAACAAUUGCAGAGGAAAGGACAGUUCCUUCCAGCGUGACUGGAGUAACAGUAAAUAACUCCGGUCGCAGUGACUACCUCAGUGUUUCUUGGCUGCCAGCUUCUGGAGAUGUAGACAGUUACUUGGUAACACUCUCUCAUGAUGACAAGAUUGUUCAGGCUCUCACCAUUUCCAAAUCAUUCAGUGAAUGCUCCUUCAGCAGCCUUUCUCCUGGGACGCUUUACAAUGUGAUGAUAACCACAAAGAGUGGAAAGUAUGAAAACUAUUCCCUCGGCCAGGAACGAACAGUCCCUUCAAGUGUUCAGGGCCUUACUGUCAGCAAUUCAGCCAGAAGUGACUACUUGAAGGUAUCCUGGUUACAUGCAUCUGGAUAUUUUGAUAAUUAUGAAGUGAUCAUCAGGAACAACAAUGAUUUCAUCCAAACAAAAAGUGUCCCAAAGGAUGAAAAUGAAUGUGUGUUCACUAAUCUGGUCCCAGGGAGGCAGUACAGUGUCACAGUCAGCACAAGGAGUGGGAAAUAUGAAACUAGUGAAAGGGUCUAUGGCAGAACAAUGCCAGAGUCAGUGAAGGAACUGACUCUUAAUAACAGGAGCACAGAAGAUCUGCAGGUAACUUGGUCAAAGGCUGAGGGGGAUGUUGAUAAAUAUGAGAUUCAACUCCUCUUCAAUGAUAUGAAGAUCUUCCCACCCAUUUUCCUUGUGAACACCAUUGAGGAGUAUUGGUUCACAGCUCUGACUCCAGGACGUCUAUACAAAAUUCUUGUCUUGACCAUCAGUGGAGAUGCACAACGUGCUACUUUCAUAGAAGGCCUGACAAUUCCAAGCAAGGUCAGAAAUAUUCAUGUGUCACCUAAUGGCAUGACAAACAGCCUGAAAGUGAGCUGGACCCCUGGAGGUGGAGAUGUUGAUUCCUACACAGUGACUAUAUUUCAGCAAAACCAUCAGCUUGAUUCCCAGAGUGUCUCCAAACACGUCUCUGAGCACAUGUUUCACAAGUUGGAAGCUGGGGAGCAGUACCGGGUGGUGGUGCAAUCCAACAGUGGCACCUUGCACAACAGCUUAGCAGCUUUUGGGAGAACAAUUCCAGCCUCUGUCCAGGAAUUAUUAGCCCAUCAUGCUUACAGCAGUCAUUCCUUGUUAGUAACUUGGCAGAAAGCGCCUGGUGUAGCCGAAAGAUAUGACAUUCUGCUCUUGAACGAGCAAGGAAUCCUCCUGAGUAACAAAUCAGAGCCAGCUACUGCCAAACAGCACAAAUUUGAAGAUUUACUGCCUGGCAAGAAGUAUAAAAUACAAGUUUUGACAGUCAGUGGUGGGCUCUUCAGUAAGCGUGCAGAAACUGUUGGCCGAACAGUUCCAGCAGCUGUUACAAAUCUGAAAGUCACAGAGAACACCACUGACCGACUGUCCUUCAGCUGGACCACCUCACAAGGGGAGCUUGAUUCAUAUGACAUCUUCCUAUACAAUCCAGACAAGUCCCUUCAUGACAGGAUCUCAGGAGAGCAGCAUCUCCAGCAGUGUUCAUUCCAGAACCUGCGUCAAGGCAGGAUGUACCGAAUGGUGAUUGUUACGCACAGUGGAGACCUCACUAACGAGUCAUCUGUCUAUGGAAGAACAGUACCUGCCCCAGUUGCUGGUCUCAAGGCAUCCAACCGAAACAUGACGGAUAGUCUGUGGUUCACUUGGGGUCCAGCAGCAGGAGAUGUUGACUUCUAUGAGCUGAAUCUUUACAACCCAAAUGGGACACAGAAAGAAACCGAGCAAAGGAAAGACCUGGAAGAGUGGCAUUUCCAGGGACUUGUUCCUGGAAGAAAGUACACUUUGGUUGUGGUAACUCACAGUGGUGACCUGACCAACACAGCAAAUGCUGAAGGAAGAACAGCACCCAGCCCUCCUAACACUGUGUCAUUUACUGAUGUUGCAAACACUUCUUUAUCAAUCACUUGGCUGGGUCCUCCAGACUGGACAGACUAUGAUGAUUUUGAGUUGCAGUGGCUUCCAAAGGAUCCCCUCACAGUAUUCAACCCCUACAGCAGCAGCAAAUCUAAAGUACGCAUCAUCUAUGGCCUGCGACCUGGAAGACUCUAUGAGUUCAGUGUCAGAACCGUCAGUGGCAACAGCUGGAAGACAUACAGUCGGUCACAGUCUGCAAGUGUGAGAACAAAACCAGACAAGAUCCAAAGCCUUCACUGUCGGCCCCAAACCUCUACUGCCAUCGCGUGCUCCUGGACUCCUCCUGAUUCUGACUUUGAUGGGUAUAGCGUCGAGUGCAAAAAAAUGGACACUCGUGAAGUGGAAUUUUCUAAAAGGAUAGAAAAAGACAAAUCUCUACUUAAUAUCAUGACCCUUGUUCCCCACAAGCGAUACCUGGUGUCCAUCAAGGUGCAUUCUGCAGACAUGACGAGUGAAGUGGUUGAAGACAGCACCAUCACAAUGAUCGAUCGUCCUCCUCAGCCACCUCCAGACAUACGAGUGAACAAAAAAGAUGUGCUGAUUACCAAAUCCUCCAUCAACUUUACUUUUAACUGCAGCUGGUUUAGUGAUACUAAUGGAGCUGUGAAGUACUUUACUGUGGUUGUGAGGGAGGCUGAUGGUAGUGAAGGACCAAAGCCCGAUGAGCAGCACCCAUUACCUUCCUACCUGGAGUACAAACACAACAAGUCUAUACGCAUCUACCAGACAAAUUAUUUUGCCAGUAGCUGUGCUGAAAACCCUGACAGUGACUAUAAAAGCUUUGACAUUAAGCUUGGAGGAGAAAUGGAAAAUCUGGGAGGAAAGUGUGAUCCAGAUCACCAGAAAUUCUGCGAUGGACCUCUAAAGCCUCGAACUGCUUAUAGGAUCAGCAUACGAGCUUUUACCCAGCUUUUCAGUGAAGACCCAAAGGAACUUCCUAAACCGCUCUUUGCAGACACCUUCUUCUCUUUACCGAUCACUACAGAGGCAGAGCCUCUGUUUGGAGUUAUUGAAGGUGUGAGUGCUGGCUUGUUUCUGAUUGUGAUGUUGGUGGCUGUUACUGCUUUAUUUGUCUGCAGACAAAAAGUUGGUGGCCAUGAGAGACCUACAGCAAGGCUGAGCAUUCGCAGAGACAGGCCACUGUCAGUCCAUUUGAACUUGGGGCAAAAAGGGUACCGGAAAACUUCCAGUCCGAUCAAAGUCAGUCACUUUGAAGCACACUUCACCAAACUUCAAGCAGACUCCAACUACCUUCUGUCCAAGGAGUAUGAGGACUUGAAAGAUGUGGGUCGAAAUCAGACAUGUGACAUAGCACUUCUGCCAGAGAACAGAGGGAAAAAUCGAUACAAUAAUAUAUUGCCCUAUGAUACAUCAAGAGUGAAGCUUUCCAGUGUGGAUGAUGACCCUUUCUCAGACUACAUUAAUGCAAGCUACAUACCAGGCAAUAAUUUCCACAGGGAAUACAUAGCAACUCAGGGUCCUUUGCCUGGAACCAAAGAUGAGUUCUGGAAGAUGGCAUGGGAGCAAAAUGUUCACAAUAUUGUCAUGGUGACCCAGUGUGUUGAGAAGGGCCGGGUGAAGUGUGAUCAAUACUGGCCCCAUGACCAGGAUUCCUUGUACUAUGGAGACCUGAUUGUUGAGAUGCUGUCUGAAUCAGUGCUCCCAGAGUGGACAAUACGAGAGUUUAAAAUCUGCAGCGAAGAGCAGCUUGACUCAACAAGGCUCAUUCGUCACUUCCACUACACUGUAUGGCCAGAUCAUGGUGUGCCAGAGACCACCCAGUCCCUGAUUCAGUUUGUCAGAACUGUAAGAGAUUAUAUCAACAGGACCCCAGACACAGGACCAAGUAUUGUACACUGCAGUGCUGGUGUUGGCAGGACUGGCACAUUCAUUGCACUGGACCGAAUUCUGCAACAGCUGGAUUCGAAGGACACUGUUGACAUUUAUGCAGCAGUACAUGAUCUAAGGCUUCACCGUGUUCACAUGGUUCAGACAGAGUGUCAAUAUGUGUAUCUACAUCAAUGUGUGAGAGAUGUGUUAAGAGCCAGAAAACUUCGCAGUGAACAAGAAAAUCCCUUAUUUCCAAUAUAUGAAAAUGUGAAUCCAGAGUAUCACAGAGGUAGAACAGGCUUGGAGGAGGCCAAGAACUGAAAUAUCCAGGUUCCAUACACUGAGAGUCCAAGCAGAGAUGGGAUCUGAUCUUUAGCUGUCACAUCAGUCACCAGCCAGUGCUGCUGCCACACAGCCACCUCUCAGAGCACUGCUGAAUCUGCGUUGUUUUACUUUUUCUAAUCUCAGUUUUCCUUGCUUUCAGAUGCUGUUUAUUCAAGGCACUAAGAAUGUUAGAGAUACCUGCUUUUGUGAACACAUUUGUUAACUAGGGGGUUCGUUUUGGUUUUUUUAAUGUAUGUAUUUCAUGCACCAGAAAGGUGCCAGACCUUUUGGUUGAGACUGUGUAUAAUUUAUUGGUCUGGUGAUUUUUUUUUAAAGAUAUAUAAUUUAAAUGUAAUAGAUAUUAAUGUAUAUAAUUGUAUUUUGGCAUUAUGUAAAUAUGUAUUUUUUCUAUAUUGUUGAUAUUAAUAUUAUGCUUCAGAUAAUACUAUUUUUUCUUAUCACAGUUUUUAUAAACUGUUCUACAUAAACUAUUUUAAAUUGUAUGGCUAACAGGACUGCUGUGUUUGGGAAGCUAUUGGCAUGACACGGGAAAAAUCCUAUAAGGAGAACCUCAUUUUUAAAAAAUAUUUCAGUGUUUGUGAGAUGAAAUAAGCUACUAUUAAGCAAGGGAACAGUAGUCCUGUAUAGGAAUUACAAUGCUACUCUACACUUUAAACUUACCGCUUUUCAUCUGACAAAAAUGGGUAUAAAUCGUAACACAGUGGCAUACCUUUUACAGAACUCAUUGACAACCAAGUAAAACAGGGUUCACCUCACUAGAAGCAACUGUUUCAGUCUAGUGUGACAUAGUAGAAAAAUAUCAAACAACAUACACUGCAGUGAAGUCUAGCAGACCUUUCUCCCACCACAUACUUUGAGGGGAGAAAGGUCACAUUCUCAUUUCAUUACACUGGUUUAAGAGAGCAGAAUCAGACCACAGUUUGUGUCUGUGUACUUUCACAUGUGUAUAAUUUGAAUUAAGAAAGAUGUUCAAAGAAACACCUCAGACAUUUGUGCUAACAGAUCUGUGAGGAUGUGAAGUCUGGCAACUUCCAUAGCUCAUUAGAAACAAUGCUGUAGCAUGACAGCCAAAAAAGUAGAGGGACUGCAAACGUAUUGAAACAAAGACAUAUAAAGGUAUAUAUUCCACCAUCUACACAACUGGCCUUAAGCUGCUUGCAGCAUGGCUGCUUUGCCCCAAGUGUUGGUAUCCUUCAAAUGCCAUUUGUUUUCACAAAGAGACAGUUUGGCCCCAGAAUGUCUGCAUAGAAAGAAUUUUCCACUAGAAUGUUACCUGAUGUCACCACCACAAGAGCAGUUGGAAUGGAAAAAGGAUCAUCAGGGAAUGUAGGCUGGCAGAGCUGUGCUGAUCAUAGAACCAUCAAAUGUUUUGGGUUGGAAGAGACAUUAAAGAUCAUCUAGUUCCAACCCCCAUGCCCCCAGGCAGGGACUCAUUACUGAAGACAUGUGGUGAUUAGCAAGAAGUACAAUCCAAGAGCACUUACCAGAUAUCCUGCCCAGCCAAGUGGAUUAUGCGCAGUGCUCUCUCCUCUGCAAAGAGGCAUCUCAUUCAAGGGUCUAAACACUCUGUUCAGCUAUUGCUUGUCUUUAUAAAAUGCUCCUCAAACAAAUAGUGAAGAGGCAGUAACAGUUCCUCUCCGUCAUGAAAAGAAGGAAGGGCUUUGUAGUUCUUUCAUACAUCUACCCAUACUUUUCCUAGAGAAAACUGAGCUUGUUGCUGAAGACAAGUGCCUAAAUUCCACUUCUGUUUUUGAGAAAAAUAAAUAUUUCUGAAGGCCUUCUGAGAAUCAGUAAGUAGCUAACUAAGUGCCUAACGGAGGAACUCCUGUGGCACAGCAGGACUGUGCACAUCCAUGUCACUCUAGUUUUCCUAGAGAGAAGGUAACAGCCUGAUAGUCACUCUUCCUAUUCCAUCUGGAAUCUUAUCCUUUCUUGACCAAAUAGCCUCACAUGCCUCAGAAGCCACCCUUCAAAUCAGCUGUCACAGCUGCUCAAAACAUGUAAACUUAGUUAAUCUUUUUAGGUGUUUCUGUAUGAAAAUACUGCUCAUCCCUCCUGCACAUCCUCUUUGGCACCAGACAAACCUCAAAAUUCACCACUCUUAAUGGAAACUGAAGAAGAAGGGAACUAGCAUUAGAGUGGAAGACAUUUUCACAGAGGAAAGUCUAAGCAAAACCACAAAGAAAUGUGCACAUUUUCUGCAGAUGCCUUCAUUUCUCUGUUUCCUUUGCUAGAUGACUAGGUUAGCAAGCAAGGACAAAAGAGCAUGGCAUCUUUAGAUCGAUCGUUGGUCGUGUUAGUAACUGCUGGACUUAAGGCAUCAUGAGAACUGCUGUUGUGUUACAUGCACUGCAUUUGGUCCUUUCUUUUUUGCAGGGGUAGCCGAGGAAUGACGAUCACCAUGUUAGUUACCAGCAGUACAAUUACACUGUUAAGACACACCAAGUGUACCCUAUAAAUUACCUCACACUCUAUAUCACUGUGCCAUUUUUUAAUGCUGAGGGAAAUGGAGCUCACUCAAUACUAGAUGACCUGAGUAAAUCAGCAAAAGUCUGAUUGUGUGCUGUGUAUGCAUGUUGUUCAUCAUUCUCAGAAAGACACACAUCAUCCUGCAGUUUAUCACUCUCAGCUCCCUUGUCUGCAUCUACAGAGUUCACAAAUGUGUACCCAAAAUGAUGAUGUCAUAGCAGACAACUUGUUUCAUCUUUUCUCUCAGCUAAUACUGGACACAGUUCAUAAGCCUCUUCCUCCUCAUCACUUCAUAACAUGACAGAUGACCUUAAACACUCUGGCACGGUGCUCUUGAGCAGCUUUACAUUUCUGCCCAAGUAGGUCACACAUGAGACCGUAUACACACAUUAUUGCUCUGGUUCUGCUCUCUAGCCAGUUCUGCUCAUAUGAAACCAGUGUAAAUCACAGAGAAAAAGUAAAAAAGUUUCUAUGUAGCAUUUUGUUAAUAUACAACACCUACUUCUCAGUAUAAGUAAUUAUAUUUACUGUGCCUCUAAGCUGAAUAACAGGACUGAUGGGGAAUUGUUAAUGUAACAAGAAUGGAUUUAAAGGAGCUUCUGUGCGGAACAAAGCUCUUAAGGAAAAAGACAUCUUUUGAAUGUCCUUGAUGAUAUUCAGAAUUCCCUUCUUGAUGUUUCCCAAUAAUAAUGUUAGAAAGCAAGGCUAGUGUUGUUGCUGAUCCAUAAGCUAAGAUUUGCACACUUGGAGCCCAUCCUUCAAAUCUCUGCAUUGUUCACAAAGCUACCUGAGUACUUUCAUGAAAGUCAACUGGAAUGCUUGCCUGAAGAAAAUACCAUUCCACUUCUGAAGCACUUGCAGGGUUGGGCUUUUAGGUUAAUUCAAAUUUUUGUAUUGAAAGUUAUUUAAUAAUGAAAAAAUUGUAAUAAAUAUUUUUUUAAUCUGUGCAAUACAAUUAAAAGAUCCACUAGCAAUUGUAGGAAAAAAAAAAAAGAUUUUACAUAGCUGGAGUUGAUAAAUGAUAUUUUUUGUUACUAAUGGAACACAAAAGUAGGUGAGAGAAAUAGGCAUACUGUGAAGAUGUCAAAAAGUGCAACUUUAUACAUUUUUCUCUGCUGCUAUAGUUAUUUAGCAAUAAAUAAUACCUAAAAUGCCAGAAAUAUUAUUUUGUGCCAUAAUAAACUAUGAAUUUCCUUUCAGUUGUAGAACAGAGAAAAGAAAAUGUGUGAGCUUCAAGUUUGUAUUAUGUAUUGUAUAUGGUUAUUUAUGCAUUGACUUUGAAAGCAGAAAGUUAAAUACUAGACAGGUAGGAGUACAUGAGCACUUAGCAGUGCUCCUCAGCCUGGGAUUUAGUAUAUGGGCUAGAGGGAUGAGAACAGUAACCAUUUAAUCACUAUAUCAGCAUCUCUCUCCAAGGCCACAGAUCAGAGAAAUGCAUCUGACACUCAGAGGUACAGCUUACUGCAGCCACAGCUUCAUGUCCAAGGAGUGCCUUGGCAGGUGCUUAACAAUUAUUCAGGUUUCUUUCAAUACUUCAGACAUACAGUUUGUGUAAAUAAAAUGCAAUAUAGAAUGACCACCACUCCCUCAUGGCCAUGUCACAGAUGCCUGGGCUCUGGAGCUCUGGGACCUAUAAUCCCAGGAUGCUGAACUUCGGAUUGAUAUGAGUGCUCACCACAGUAUUUGGGCAACUCGCUGUAGACCCCACGUCCUCAACUGUCCCCCUCAGGCUGACAAAGUCAAACUCCUGACCUGCUGGUAGCACCACCAUGGCCAAAGCAAACUGGUCUGUGAGGUCAGUGACCUCAGUGACAGCUGGUUCAAAAUGGGAUUUGUUUUUUAAGGCUGGCAGGAAAUACUGGAGACCAGGGACUAGCUAAUUGAGAAAAAACUAUGGAAUUGGGACACACAGUGUCAGUGAUGCAGACUAAUAACCAUGACAGUUUAGUUGUUUCUUCGUUUAUUUGAAAGCUAAAGAAAUACU